GUAGAAGAAGAGCAGCAUGCCCUCGUGUUGAGGAACCAAAACAUGACAAAAGUUUUAUUCUUAAACAUUUGGCAUAGUGCAGAAAAGGGACAAGCAUUGCAAAGUACAUGCUGAAAGCUGAAUAAGGAGUCUAGUUAAAGCGAAGAGGAAGAUGGGCAAAAACAGGAAAAUUAAGACUUUAGAGCAGGAAAAUGGUGGGAAACUGGAAACUGCUCCUGCCUCAGUUCUUGCCUGUGAAUAUCUUCAACAAAAAGAUCACCUGCGAACAAAUAAAGAUAAACAAAGUACUAUAGCAGACAUUUCAUCAAGUUUGGAGUGUUCCCCAAAAAAAACAAAAAAGAAGCAAAAGAGAAAACAUUUGUCUGAACAAGAAGUGGAGAACGAUUGUCCCAUAGAACAGAGUACUGAAGGUCAAGAACUAGGGGAACAACCCACCCCAAAAAAGACGAAAAAAGAUAAGACCAAGGAAGUGAACAAAGCCAAUGAUUCAAAAACCCCAAGCAGUAAGGAAAAGAGUGACAAUCUGCCAACUAGGAGAAAGAAAAAGAACCUGGACAUGUUAAAGGAGAAUACUGCAGAAAAGAGAAAGGAGACGGAGGAAGGAGGUUUAACAGUAGAAGCAGAAACACAAAGCACUGAAGAACGGAAAACAACGAAGAGAAAAGACAAACAAUCAAAAGAUAAAGGCCGUAACAGUUUGGGAAAACGAAGCAAGAACGCAGAGUCGGUGUUUUCGACACAUGAGACACAGACAGACAUAAAAGAAGAGGAUGGUGAAAUAAAAGAGUCCUUACCGAUAGAUGAAAGUCUUUUAAAUCAGUUGAAAGAAUUUAUUCCUGACAUUAAGUCAAAGGAGUCGGUGAACGUGAGUAAGAUGAUUAAAUACGACUUGCCAAGAUUUAAGGAAUUCAAACUAAAAGGCAUCUCUCUGAAUCAGGGACGAUUUACUGCAGAAGAAAACGCGAGGCUAAGACAGAAUGUGCGAGACUUCAUGGCUCUCACUGCGAUUGACAGCGCCAGCAAACUGUUUUUCACACACCGCUUUAAGCACGAGCAAAAGGACUUAAAGAAACUUAAAGGGACAUACAGAUUCUUUGAAAGGAUAGCGGAAGGAAUUCCCAGGUCCUGCUAUUACAUUUAUGCUCGUGGAAGAAGAAUGUUCGAUGAGCAAAACCACCAGGGAGAGUUUACGAAAGAAGAACUUUGCACAUUGAACAAGUUGCACACUUUACAUGGUAAUAACUGGAAGAAGAUUUCAGAGUUGACCGGUCGUAGUGCCUUGUCACUUGAGAAACGCUACCACCAGCAAGGUGAUAAGGAAGGCCCCUGGUCUCAGAAGGAGGUACAGAGACUGUUGAGAGCUGUACGAGAUCACAUAAUGUGCCAGAUCCCAGGUGGAGCCAACAGUUACGGGUCUAUAAGGGUGAUGAAGGAAACUUUGUAUAAAAGGCUCCCCUGGCAGAAGAUUGCUAGGAAGGUGAAAACCCGCUCGUGGUCUCAGUGCAGGGAGAAAUGGAUGGGAAUUUUGGCAGUAAAAAUGUCUUUUGGAGCGGUGUUCACAGAGAAGAAAUCUCUUGAUGUCCAAGUCAAACUCAUAAAAGGGAUGUAUGAAUUGGACAUAGAUGAUGCUGCCCAUGUCGACUGGGAGGACCUCACAGCACUGAUUGGGGAUGUUCCUCCCGCAUACGUCCAAAAGAAAUGGCACAAACUUAAAGUGUGUCAUGUGCCUGUAUGGCAGUCGAAGUGUUUUGCAGAUAUUGUUGACUUUCUAUAUGAGAAAGUUUUACCGCACCUCGAGGAGAAGCUGAUGUCUCUUAAGGAUUUGGAUGAGACCCAGCAUAACGAAAAUGAGGAGAGCUACAGUCUCUCCGACAUCUUUACGGACAUUAACGAGGAUGAAAAUGUGGACGAUGACGCAGAGGACAAAUGAAAGCCAGUAGAGGAGUUUCAGAAAAAAAAACUAAAAGCAUUGUUUUGUUAUAAAUUUAGGAGCUCUGUGUUUUAACAUUGAGCACAGGAUUCUACAAAUGACUAUUUUUGUGAGAAAAUGACGUAUUGUUCACAUUUGAAUGCAUCUUGUUAUUCCAGGUGAAACUGGUCUUUUAUGAUUUUCUAUUUUGGUAAAGAUUAUUUUAAAUAAGAAAUUUGUGUGGACCAAACCUAAUCAUUUUAAUGUUGUACCGCACUUUGUCCCAAGAGAUUUUUGAAAGGAAGCAGUCUGAACAAUCAUUUGGAAUGGUACUGACUAAUUCUUAAUAUUUUUACUGCUGAUUACAGACAUGGUGUGAACUAGUGCAUUAUUUCUUUGACCAAUAGUAGAAUGCGUCAAGUUAUUAACUUUUAAUAUUCAUGUUUUUGAUUGAUUGUAAAUUUAGGCUAAAGAAUACAGUGGGUUCAAACCCCCUCAUAAAACACAAUAAUGCAGCAAAUUAGGCAAGGUGCUGUAUGUUUUCAAACAAUUUGCUAUUUCAUGUGGAAUUUUUUAAAACUUUUUAUUCUGAACACUUAACUCAACCUACCACAGUAAACAUUUGUACGUUCAGUGCUUCAAAGCAGCCAUAGCCCUUUGCAAUGGGUUCAAGCUCCAGUAAUCAUAAUCCCAUCCCAGGAACCACCCUGUGAAGGUGGGCGGCUCGAAGCCCUGCGUUAUCUUUACGACAGGAGUCCUCUUGUCUCUGAUGGCAGGAUGGCUUUCGAUGUAUCGCA